UCACCGGUGUAAGUCCCUGGGAAGGCGCAUGUUUUUCUUUCCUUUCUUUUUCAAAAUGGCGUUUCCACUGUGGAGAAGAUUUAACUUUUUUGACAAGGAAAUAUUGAAGGCAAGAGACGCUCCAUCAGAUCAACAAUUUGACAAGCUCAAGGGCCUAGAGAUAUCUGCAACUGCAAGUGGAAGAGGCAGCAUUUUACUUGGAGACAAUGAUGGAAUGAUCCAUAUGUUGGACAGGGAACAGAAUUUCCCAUCGUUCAAGGCUUAUGAAUUUAGAACAAGUUUGCUAUUCCAAAUGAAGCAACAUAAUAUAUUAGUAUCUGUUGGCGAAGAUGAGAAAGGUGCAAAUAAUCUGAUUAAAGUUUGGAACUUUGAUAAGAUUGACAAAUCUGGAUCACCAUUAAGGUGCAGAAUGUAUAGAGCAAUGACUGGAACAAAGAAUGUAUCAGUAACAAUCAUUUGUGUUCAUGAGAACUUGAGCCAGAUGGCAAUAGGCUUUGAAGAUGGAACAGUUAUUAUAGUUCGAGGGGAUGUUACAAGAGAAAGGCAAGCCAGACAAAGAUUAGUUCACCAAGACAAGUAUCCAGUAACAGGUUUGGCCUACAAGCAAAUGGGCAGCAAUAUAACCUUAUUUGUUACAACAACUGAGACUGUGACAUCAUAUAAUGUUUCUGCAAGGGAUCAUAAGGAGGUUUUGGAUGGAUUUGGAUGUGAUUUCAAAUGUUCAGCCAUCAGUGAUGUUUCUCAAGAAAACCAGUUCGUGAUUGCACGACCAGAUGCCUUAUACUUUUAUCAAACUGAAGGAAGAGGACCUUGCUUGGCUUUUGAAGGAGAAAAGAAAAUGGUUUACUGGUUUAGGGGCUAUUUAGUUGUUGUGAGUAAAGAAAACAAACAACUUCCGAGAGCUGGCUUCCCAAUGAACAUUUUAACAAUAUAUGACAUUCAAAAUAAAUUUAUCGCCUUCUCAGCACCGUUUCCAGAAAUCGUUGACGUUCUUGGCGAAUGGGGAUCACUUCAUGUACUCACUAGGGAUGGAAAGAUUUUUCAGUUGGAAGAAAAGGACACCCAGACAAAACUAGAAACGUUAUUUCGAAAGAAUAUGUAUGACAUGGCAAUAAAUCUUGCAAAAAGCCAACAUUACUCUGAUGGACUAUUUGAAAUUUUCCGACAGUAUGGAGAUCAUCUCUAUAGCAAAGGUGACCAUGAUGGUGCAAUACAGCAAUAUAUACGAACAAUAGGACAUCUAGAAGCCUCAUAUGUUAUAAGAAAGUUUCUAGAUGCUCAGCGUAUCCACAAUUUAACAGAUUAUUUACAAGCCCUGCACGAGAAAGGUCUCGCCAACACUGACCACACUACGCUGCUGCUCAACUGCUAUACAAAACUUAAAGCUGUCGAUAAGCUUGAUAAAUUUAUCCAGACGGACAAAGAGCUUAACUUUGAAGUUGAAACAGCGAUCAAGGUUUGUAGGCAGGCGGGAUACUACAGGCAUGCCCUUGAUCUUGCUGAGAAGUUCGAGCAGCAUGAAUGGUAUCUUAAGAUUCAACUUGAAGAUAUUAAGGACUAUAAAAAAGCUUUGAAGUACAUUUCAAGGCUACCGUUUGUUGAGGCAGAAGCAACAAUGAAAGCUUAUGGAAAAACAUUAGUUAAUGAAGAACCAGACGAAACAACUGAACUCUUAAAAAGGCUUUGUUCAGACUACAAGCCCCUAGUCGAAAAGCCAGCUGAUCGUAUUAUUCCUGAUUAUGAUCAUUCUGUUGUUGGCUCGCCAAGUCUUGGGUUGAAAGGAAUGGCCCAGAAGACUGCUUCUCUUAUGCUAAAUCCUGCCUCCAUUGAACCGAUUCUUCGAGCAAACCCAGACGAAUAUAUACAUAUUUUUGUACAUCAAAAACAGAAGUUAAUCGAUUUUCUUGAACAUAUGGUCAAGAUUCGCAAUGAUUGUUCCAAUGUCAUUUACAAUACUUUGAUAGAACUUUAUUUGCAAAAUGCAAGCAGAGCAGCAGCAACCAAAGAUUUUAUAGUUGAAGCUGAGCAGGAAAACAAAUGUUUGAAUCUUUUCACAAACACAGAGUCAAAGUAUGACCUGGAUCAUGCAUUGGUCCUAGCACAAAUGCACAAUUUCAAACGCGGGAUCCUCUUUCUGUACGAAAAAGCAAAACUAUUUCAGCAAAUACUACGUUAUCAUAUGGAACAUAAUGAUCAUGAUGCCAUAAUAGAUAAUUGCAAGAAAUAUGGACGGCAAGACACGAGCUUGUGGAGCCAAGCCUUGUCAUACUUUGCAAGAAAAGAAGAGGAUUGUCGAAGCCAAAUAAGGGAGGUUUUGGAGCAUAUUGAUAGAUAUAACCUGUUAUCACCGCUGAUUGUGGUGCAAACACUCGCCCAUAAUUCUACUGCAACGUUGGCCGUUGUUAAGGAUUACAUUGUACGGCGAUUACAAGAUGAAAAUGAGCAAAUGGCAAAAGAUGAGCGAAUGAUACGCCAGUAUCAAGAGGAUACAGAAAAAAUGAGAAAUCAAAUCGAAGAACUGAAAACGUGUGCAAAAAUAUUCCAAAGUGCAAAGUGUAUGAUUUGCUCUCGAAUGCUGGAACUGCCUGCCGUCCAUUUUCUUUGUGGAGACUCUUUUCACCAGCAAUGUUUUGAAAAUUAUUCAGAAAGUGAAAACGAAUGUCCUGUAUGCAUAUCUGAGAACAGAAAGGUCAUGGACAUCAUCAAAGCACAAGAACAUAAUAAAGACCUUCAUGAACAAUUUCACCACCAGUUGGAAAGAUCGGCAGAUGGUUUUUCUGUUGUUGCAGAUUAUUUUGGAAGAGGUGUUUUCAAUAAGGUGACCGUUUUGACUGAUCCAGGAACCCAACAGCCACUUGUGCCAGUGGACUCUUCGCUGCAAAGAGAGAAGCUGCUAAACUGAAAGGUUUAUUGCUUGAAAAUAAAUCACUCCAGAUGUUGGGGAUGCAUUGAAUGACGAAUUGUAAAUAGAACCCUGAAUAGAAUAAACACAUUUGUUUAAAGUUUAUUUUCAUCUAAAGGUUAGAAUGAUUUCUUAAGCUACAAUUGGCAGAUAAGAUUAUUGAUCAUAACAUAAUGAGAAAGUUAAUCAGUUGGUUGAUCAUCAAGCUUUGUAUAUUAAGAUUUUGAAACAUAUGAACUGUAGAAUUCCUGUUAGGAUUUAAAGGAAAUAUUCAUCUUUUAUUUUUUUACUAUCAUUAAUUUGCUAGCAAGCUUUUGCCUAUAUUGUAGUUGUAAAUUCCAGAAUAAACCAAAUCAUGCUAAUUUAUUAUACACUAAAAUUA